CAUCAUGGCGGCGGCCGCGGCCUCACGGGCACGCCCCCAACGCGCGGGCUGGGCCGGGGUCCCGCGAGGUUUCGGGGGCCUGCGGGAGCCGCCGCGUCGCUGUGGUGACGGGAUGCGAGCCCUCCGCCGAGUCGGGGGAGCCGCAGGUUCGAGUCCUGGUGUCGCACGGUGCCUCGGCGGGCUCCCGGUGAGGGGCUGCGGGAUCCCCCCGGGGCGGGAGGGCCUCCAGAGCUGUCGAGCCGUGGAGGUCCCUGCGGGGCUGACUGGUAGGAAGGAGCCCGCUGCUGCAGCUCUUCCCACUAUGUCACAGCCAAUACCAGUACAGAUCACAGUUUUGAAUGCACAGGACCUGAAAACUCUCAAAAGCAACUUGCUGUCUACGUUGGUGCGUGUGGAGUACAACGGAGCAGUCCUGGGAGAGUCCCCCAAGACUCAUGUGCUGCCAGAUGGGACAGCAGAAUACGACUUCAGCACCAGCUUUGAGUGCAGCCCCGAUGGGCCCAACUCCUUGGAUAUCCUUGUGCAGAAACCACUGCUUUUGACACUGCUAGAAGUGUCAGGAAAGGACAAGAAAAAACCAGAGAAAAUCACUCCUCUUGCCCAAGCUGUGGUGGACCUUCUACCUCUGCUGCAAGGAGUGCGUUCACUGAAGGUCUUAGCUCCUUUGUAUGCAGUGCCUGCCUCCCCAUCGAGGCUUUACCCCGAGGCCACGGCUGGCCUUGAAGUGACAGUGAGCAGCAAAGAGCUCCUGCUCUCUGCCACCCAGUUCUCAAGUGGGAACCUCAUGAGCAUCACGCUGGAGGCAGCUUAUUCUGUCCCUGAAGCCUUUACCCCUGACGCCCAGCAAAACUACAUGGUUUGCUUGCAAAUACCAGCAGCUGAUGAGAAAGAAUUGCUAUUGCUCUUCAAGAAUGGCAUCCUGAAGGCUGAUGGUGAAAAAGAACCGUUGCCCCGGCCCAAAAACUGGCCCCUUGGCCCUAUCCUGGCCCCUGAUGCUCUGAACAUACCUGAGUCCUUCAUUGUUGGUGGGCCCUAUGAGGAUGAGGAUGGAGAGCUCAACAAAAGCGAGGACAGGGAAUUCAGGAUCCAGGCCGAGAGCACGAGGAGAGUUGUGUGGGACACGGAAAUACGCUGUUUCCUGGACGCUGCUGCAGUGGCCGUCCUGCAGAUGCGCAUUGCCGAGCGCCGCCACUGGCCCGUGGAGCUCUGCAGGAUGUCCAUAGCCUCAGGUGGCAAGGGGAAAGCCAGCAAACUUGACAAGAGAGAUGAGGACAAGCAGAUUGCCUUCCAUGGUGUGGCAUAUGUCAACAUGAUGCAUUUGCUGUGCCCUGGGGUGAAGCAGAUCCGAGGGGCCUUCCGUGUCUUUAACUACCAGGACAGCGAGGUGUUUCAGAAGACCAAAGUUCAGUACAGUAUUUUCCGGGAUCGCAGGUCUCAGCUCAGUCUGGGCAAGGAAAGGCUGGGGACCUCUCCUGGUAGCAAAGCUGCUCCCAAUAAGGCUCCGAAGGAAGAGAAAGAUUGCAAUGCUACGCAGUACAGCGAGGCAGGAACAUUCCUGGUGAUGGAGAUAAAGCUGGACAAGCCCUUGGUCCCAAAGCGGCUGCGGGAGGAGCUGGUCCAGCGGGUCAAGGAGCUGAUUCCUCCCCGCCCUGCGCUGCCCCCACAGGUGGAAGGAGCCAAGAAGGUGGUGGAAGAUUACCACAAACGUGUCACGAGUGUUGCUGUUGCCAUCCUGAGGGAGUACCAUGAGCUUUUUGGGAAGCAGCUGCUUGACCGGGGAGUGAUGGACCAUGAAACCAUGGAGGAACAAAAACGUCAGCUCAACUACGAGCUCAAUACAUCUGGGAAAUAUUUUGCUUUUAAGGAACAGCUUAAGUAUUCUGUGGUGAGGAUUGUGAGGGAGAAAUACCUGAAGACCACAGCAUUUGAGACCAAGGAGGAGCUCCAGGCAUUCCUCAGUGAGCUCUAUGUGUACCUCGUGGACCACAUGCACAUGGCCCUGAACAAGCUUCUGUCUGGGGAAGAUGUUUCUCCUGCCCCUCCACCCCACACGACCAAGAAGCAGCUCUUGCUCUUUGCUCAUGAAGCUGAAGCCAACAGGGACCUCAAACUGGCCUCUCUGUUCCACAAGCAGAGAAUAGCUCGGGACCAGCGCAGCAUCCAGGCCUGGCUGGACUAUGGAGCCUUCUGCCUCCUGUAUGAGGAUGCCACCAAAGCCCUGGAAUGCUUCCAGCAGGCCGUUUGUCUGGACCCCCAGUGCAUCCAAAGCUUGCUGCUCUGUGGGAUUGUGAGUGUGAAGCUCCGAAACUAUGAAGACGCAGAGAUUUUCUUUGAGGAUGCCUGCUGCUUGGAGCCAUCCAGUAUCAUAGCCUGGACCAUUGCAGGUUUGUUUUAUGAGCUGCAGAAUAAUUAUAUUCAGGCAGAAAGGAGCUUCCGUGAGGCUAAGAAGCUCCUGCGAGCACAGCUUGAGGAGGAGAGGAGAAUGCUUGAGGCUGCUGAGGGAGACGGGAAAAAGCCCAGUUCUCCCAGCAGAGACCCAGAGAAGUUUCCAGAUGGCUCAGCUGACAAACCACCAGAGGUCGUGGAGGGUGUGACAUCAAAGGAAGAGGCUACAGCAGUGCAGGAAGCCCCAGAAGCUCCAGAACCUCAGCCACCUCCCUGCACAAUCUUCAUGAAGACAGUGGAAUUCCUGAAGAAAUUCAAUGCUAUCCGGUUUGUUCACAAGGCACUGGCCCACGAGCUGCUGAGCCUUCAGGGAGGCCCCACCUGUGCCUACUACCUGGCCAUGGCCUGGACCUACCGGCUGCGGGAAGACUUCCCCAGAUGUGAGGAGUGCCUGCGCGAGGCCGUUCGCAUCGACCCCUUGAAUCCAAAUGUCUGGGCUCAGAAAGGGCACCUGUGCUACCUGCAGAGGGACUUUGACCAGGCAAAGGAUUGCUACGAGCGAGUCAUCAGCUUUGUGGAGGAUGCUGAGGAUCUGCACUUUGUCUACCUGCGCCUGGGCUCCAUCUACCUGGACGAGAAAGAGUACGGCCGGGCCAAGCACAUCUUCCUGCUCGCCUGUGACAACUCUGCCUCCUGUCUCACCUGGCUGGGCGUGGGCAUCGCUUGCUACAGGCUGGAAGAGAUGCUGGAAGCAGAAGAUGCUCUCUCUGAAGCCAAUGCCCUAAAUAACACCAAUGCUGAAGUGUGGGGAUAUCUCGCCCUCAUCUGCCUGCAGGGCGGGCGGCAGCUGGAGGCAGAGCAGUGUUACAAAUACACCGUCAAGCUCGGCCUGCGGAACGACGCGCUGCUGCAGGAGAUCCGCGACGCCCAGCACCGCUUCGGCUUCGGGGACCCCUCGCUCUGACCCCGGGCACAUAAAGCCCUCUGGCACAUAAAGCUCCUGGCACAUAAAGCCCCCUGGCACAUAAAGCCCCCUGGCACAUAAAGCCCCU